AUGGCCCGGCUCUGCCUCCUCCUCCCCCCGCAGGUGGCCCAGUGCACGCACAGGCCUCUGCAGGCAGCCCACCCCCUCCCCCCAGGUCCCCAGCCCUACCUGCUGCCAGAGAUGACAAUGAGCCUCCGAGUGGAGGACGAAGAAGUGGAGGAGGAGGCGCCCCGGCUGGGCCUGCACCCAGGGAGCCUGGUUGUCGCCCUGCGCCCCGAAAUUUACACAAGCCAGGAGCAGGCCGAUCUCCUGGCUUCAGCAGCCGCCCAGCUUCAAAGGUGCCAGCCCUCUCCUGCUCCCUCCCCUCUCUGCCAAGCCCUGGGUGGGGCCGCCAGCCCUGGACUCCCCCCUGGUAAGGCCACACACCGUCCAUGUCAACAGCUCUCUGGCCCUUUCAGCUCUGCCUACGACCAAGUGCGCAAGACUCGGGUGGCCAUCAAGAAGAUCAGCCCCUUCGAGCACCAGACCUACUGCCAGCGCACGCUGCGUGAGAUCCAGAUCUUGCUGCGCUUCCGCCACGAGAAUGUCAUCGGCAUCCGAGACAUUCUGCGGGCACCCACCCUGGAAGGCAUGAGGGAUGUCUACAUCGUGCAGGACCUGAUGGAGACCGACCUGUAUAAGUUGCUUAAGAGCCAGCACCUCAGCAAUGACCACAUCUGCUACUUCCUCUACCAGAUCCUGCGGGGCCUCAAGUACAUCCACUCGGCCAACGUGCUCCACCGCGACCUGAAGCCCUCCAACCUGCUCAUCAACACCACCUGUGACCUUAAGAUUUGUGAUUUUGGCCUGGCCCGCAUCGCCGACCCUGAGCACGACCACACGGGCUUCUUGACAGAGUAUGUGGCCACCCGCUGGUACCGAGCACCAGAGAUCAUGCUCAACUCCAAGGGCUACACCAAAUCCAUCGACAUCUGGUCUGUGGGCUGCAUCCUGGCUGAGAUGCUCUCCAACCGGCCUAUCUUCCCGGGCAAGCACUACCUGGACCAGCUGAACCACAUUCUGAGUAUUCUGGGCUCCCCGUCCCAGGAGGACCUGAAUUGUAUCAUCAACAUGAAGGCCCGGAAUUACCUGCAGUCUUUGCCAGCCAAGACCAAGGUUGCCUGGGCCAAGCUUUUUCCCAAGGCAGACCCCAAAGCCCUUGAACUGCUGGAUCGGAUGUUGACCUUUAACCCCAACAAACGGAUCACAGUGGAGGAAGCGUUGGCCCACCCCUACCUGGAGCAGUACUAUGACCCCACGGAUGAGCCCGUGGCUGAGGAGCCCUUCACCUUCGACAUGGAGCUGGAUGACCUCCCCAAGGAGCGGCUGAAGGAGCUCAUUUUCCAAGAGACCGCACGCUUCCAGCCUGGGGCCGCAGAGGUCCCCUAGCCUGGAUGGUGCCCUGCUCCCUGGGGCCUGGCCUGCCUCCUGACCACCCUGCUGCUGGACUGUUAGAAAAUGGACACUGUGCCCUGCCCAGCCCCCAGUGGUCCCACGAGGGCGGGGAAGGCUUGGCUGCCCUCUCUCCCUGUGCUUGGAGCGACCUGCUGUGGGCAGGCCUCGGCCCUUCCAUCUUUCUGCCUUCCUUCCCCAGGGACUGAGGGGCUCAGCAGACCCCAAAGCAAACCCCUCCACCCUCGCUCUGCCUGCAGCUCCCCCAGCUCCCCCAGUCUCUGGUCAUUCUGGAAUGGAGGGCCCUUGCUGGCCUUGACACUUAUUAAGGGGCAGCGAGAGGGUGGGGGUGGGGGGAGACGAACCUAGCCUGAUCCUGCUCAUCAUGUCAGAACCACACCCCGUCUUCCUAAAAGGAACAUCUCCACCUCUCGAGGGCUAGAUCCCUGAGGAGCAGGGCCCAGGCCUCGCCCCAUCCCCUGCCAAGCUGCCACGUUGACCACCCUGCUGCUUCUGUGUGUGGAUGGCCGGAGGGGGGAGGGGGGCCCAUGGCGAGCCCAGUGCCCGCCACCUCCCCGUGCCUGUGUCUAAUAUAUAAAUACAGAGGUGUGUACAAGGA